AUGGGGAAUAAUCUUUGUUCUCAAACAGGAGAGAUAUCAUCUUAAUUUCCAUAACUGCUUCUUAAAUAUGAGAUAGGGAACUGUGAAAUAUCAUUGACUGCAGGUCCUGUAGAAAAUGAGAUUGUAGAAUGUCUAGUAAUUCCAACAGAUUCAUAAUACUCAAAUAUAAAAGAGAGUGAAAGACCAACAUUUACAUAAUUAAAUGGAAAAUGUGUAUUUGUGUCAUCUAAAAAGAGUAUGAGUUCAUUUCUAUAAUAAAGAACAGAAGAGUAAGAUUUUAGCAGUUGUGAUUGAUUAAGAAUCAAUAGUAAGUAGUGAUAAAAGUGAUGAUGAAAAAUAAACCAUUUAUUAAGCAGUUUAGGAAGCCUUAAAAUUAGUAUUACAUUUUAUAAUUUGUUUAAAGGCUGAAUAAAAGUAAAUAAGAUCAAUUGGAUUUCCAGUUUUUAUUUCAAAAGACCAUACAACAUCAGCAACAAUAAUGUUAAUGGCAAUUAAGCUUAGUAUAACAGAGUAAAAGAUUAAGUCAUUAAAACGAAUCGUGAUUACAUUGGAUGUAUUUUAAAUCUAAUUAUACAUUUACAGCAUAUUGAAUAGGUGAGUAGCUUUAAAUGGGUUUUUUAGUAGGUAUUUAAAGGAAACUAACCAAUUACUCAAUCAAGAACUUAUUCUAGUUCCAUUAUGGAAUAAAUGGAAUCUAUUUCAGUUGAUAUCAUAAAACCUAAAUAAAAAAGUGCUACAAAAGAGGAAAAAUUAUGAGAGGAU